CAGCCAUUGGGCCCCCGCUAGAGACAAGGCUGGCAAGGCCUCCUCCCUGCCUAGUUGCUCUCAUCUUAGCUGCGGUCUGGUUCUGGCCAUGCUCCUCCGGGUGGCAACCCAGAGGCUGUCUCCCUGGAGGGGCUUCUGCUCCAGGGGGUCGCAGGGUGGACUCAGCCAGGACUUUGUAGAGGCUCUGAGGGCAGUUGUAGGGAGCCCCCAUGUGUCCACUGCUGCUGCCGUCAGAGAACAUCACGGGCAUGACGAGUCGAUGCACAGGUGUCACCCUCCUGAUGCUGUGGUGUGGCCUCAGAAUGUGGACCAGGUCAGCCGACUGGCAACCCUGUGCUACAAUCAAGGUGUUCCCAUCAUCCCAUUUGGCACAGGCACCGGUGUUGAGGGGGGAGUCUGUGCUGUGCAGGGUGGAGUGUGCAUCAACCUGACCCACAUGGACCAGAUCAUGGAACUGAAUACAGAAGAUUUCUCGGUGGUGGUGGAGCCUGGCGUCACCCGUAAAGCUCUCAAUACCCACCUGCGUGACAGUGGCCUUUGGUUUCCUGUUGACCCAGGUGCGGAUGCUUCGCUCUGUGGCAUGGCAGCCACUGGGGCCUCGGGCACCAAUGCUGUGCGCUAUGGGACCAUGCGGGACAACGUGAUCAACCUGGAGGUGGUGCUACCCGAUGGCAAGGUGCUUCACACCGCAGGCCGGGGCCGCCAUUAUAGGAAGAGUGCAGCUGGCUACAAUCUCACAGGACUCUUUGUGGGCUCUGAGGGGACUCUGGGCAUCAUCACAUCCGCCACUCUGCGCCUGCACCCUGCGCCCGAAGCCACAGUGGCUGCCACCUGUGCGUUCCCCAGUGUCCAAGCCGCUGUGGACAGCACAGUUCAGAUUCUCCAGGCUGCAGUGCCUGUGGCCCGCAUUGAGUUCCUGGAUGACGUCAUGAUGGAUGCCUGCAACAGACACAGCAAACUUAACUGCCCCGUGGCACCCACACUUUUCCUGGAGUUCCAUGGUUCCCAGCAGGCACUGGCAGAACAGCUGCAGCGCACAGAGGCAAUCACUCAGGACAAUGGUGGCUCUCACUUCUCCUGGGCCAAGGAGGCCGAGAAGCGUAAUGAGCUUUGGGCGGCGCGGCACAAUGCUUGGUAUGCAGUCUUGGCCCUGUGUCCAGGAAGUAAGGCCUAUUCUACGGAUGUGUGUGUGCCCAUCUCCCGGUUGCCAGAGAUCUUGGUAGAGACCAAGGAGGAGCUUAAGACUUCAAAACUCACAGGAGCCAUUGUUGGGCAUGUGGGUGAUGGCAACUUUCACUGUAUCCUGCUGGUUGACCCAGACGACAUGGAGGAGCAGAGGAGGGUCAAGGCCUUUGCAGAAAAUCUGGGCAGGCGUGCCCUGGCACUCCACGGGACAUGCACCGGAGAACAUGGCAUCGGGCUGGGCAAGCGGCAGCUGCUCCAAGAGGAAGUGGGCCCCGUGGGUGUGGAGACCAUGCGGCAGCUCAAAGACACUUUGGAUCCCCGAGGGCUCAUGAACCCAGGCAAAGUGCUCUAAGGAACUUGUAACGCUUGGCCUGCAGAGCUCCCGUUCUGGACUUUUCCUUCAUGCUAAUGAUCGUGCAAGAAACAGAAUGGCUGAUGUUAUUUAUGCCUGCCAGAUAGCCCUUUGUAGCUGCGGUUUAAGAUGAAGAUGAGGAAGAUGGACUUCCUCACAGAAAGCUACUACACUUGUUUUUAGGAGCCUUUUACUCCAGUAGAAAACCCAGGGUGUUUCCCAGUGGACUUUCUUCUUGGCUGGCAGAGGUGGUGUGGGCCUAUUCCAAGCUGAGAUCAGCUCCUCUGUGGGGGCCUCUCUCCUGCUGGUGGUCAGCAUCAUCAUGAUGUAUAGUGAUAGGAGCAUCCCUUCCCUUGUAAAGGGAGAAGCAUUCCAUUCCACAUUGUUGGGCCUUCUCCUUGUUCUUCCAUCCCCAUGAAUGUGAGCCCCGUCUGCAGCUAACCUUGGGCUAAUGAGCCCUCUGCUUUGGGCCUGUCCCCAGACUAACAUUAGCCUGGGGAGAGGGAUGGAGUCCAAGCUUUGGAAGGAAGCCAUUCCAGCCCCUCUGCCUUUGCAUACCUGAGGCAAAAGACGCUGCCCGUGGUGGAGGUCACCUGACAAGUUUCCCCACCAGGAAACUGAAGCACCUUCUUCAAGCUGUUAUGGAGGACAUUAGAAAUACAGGUGACGUAAUCCACUGCGUCACACCCCCCUCCACGGCAUAAUGCACUAUCCACCAGAGUUUACUUCCAAAGUCAAGGUCUUGCCCACUUUGGGGCCUGGCAGUUUUGAGACUCCCUGGUCAGAGCUCCUGCCUGGAGGUGCUUGGCAGUUAUUCCCCAGAAGCCCACGAGAGGGCGCGCAACACCAAACACAUAGCAGACACUUUCAGGGUGGCCAAUCUCUAGACAUUUUACCCCUUGUGGGUCCCAGUCACCUGUAGAUGUAGUUCUCUAUUUUCUGAGAUUGGAAAGACAGAUAGUAGCAGCAGCCUUCACCCCGUCACUUUCUCAGUCUAACUUGAGGUCUUAGGGUUCCUUCUCCAUGUCUGUCUCAGGAUUCUUUCGCUUGCUCCCAAACUACUUCAGAUGAAGAAACAAAGACACCAGUCCCGUGCUUACCAGGGAGAAAUACCACUAGUGAACCCCCUCACCCACAGACAGACUGCUCACCCCUCAAGCCCUCCCAAGUUGAGUUCUACUGGGCAGGGCUCCUACACAUACUGCCCCCCCCCCGUCCCCCCAAUAACGGGCAACUCAAUAGUCAUUUCCCUAUAAUUUCUUUUAUUAAAGAAAAUCCCAAAUAUACAGAAAAGUUGAAAGAACAAAUACACUAUUAAGUCGUUGAAGAUUCAACAAUGGACAUUUUUGCCUUAUUUGCUUUGUAUAUUUUGGGGGAGGGGAAACCAUAUGGGAUUAGAUUAUACAUUUCUUGAAAUCAUUCAACUAUAUAUUUCAGCCACUGUCUCCUAAGAAGGACAUUUCUCCUAUGAGUUUCAACACUAUUCAAUGGCUUAGAUGGAUGUUUUUCAAAAGGGGCUCUUGGAGCUCUCAGAAGGCUUUCUGGGCUCCUUAGAGCAAAAGGGAAGAACCCAUCUCUUGGCUCUUCCAUAUUUUCUUCCUUCUCAGAAAGGCAGAGUAGGAACAACACAGGAUUCUAGAGGGCUGUCUGGAUGGAAGGUGACACACGUAAGUGCCACCUGGGAAGCCCAGACAAGCUGAGUCCCACCCUCGCACCAGGCACUGGCAAUCUGGGUCCAAAUUCAGAGGAUGUGACAGCCAACAGAGGGCUUUGGUGUGCCAGGUGGGGGCGGAAGUCCUGGGGGAGGGGGUGAGCACCAGCCUGGAGAGCCUAGAAUAGCACCCGGUGUGGGGCUCAGUGCUGCCCCGACCAACUCGACCACGGGACUCAGCCGCAGCAGUGCCAAAGCAGCCGGGCUCACACAGCCAAGGUGGGUACACAAAGCCUGUCUCCAGGCCCAGGGGUCAGACAAGGAGAUUUCUGAGGGCUGGGCCCUGCCCCACCAGCUCUGCUGGUAGGAUUAUAUAUAGAACGGGGAGACACAGUUGCCAGGCAGAAGCUGGAGGUGCUGGGAAUAGAACAGUGCCCUUUGCAGUGACAUAAAGCUACAAGGAAGCCUGCUGCGCAUGUGCCAGGCCUUUGGGGCAGAUCCCCGACACGCACUGAACUGAGCUGCGUGUCCCCACUUCACAUGCAAGGAAUCAAGUUCAGAUGAGUGCAGUUACUUGCUCACCACACUGCCAAGAAGUAAAGUGCCCCGGUACAGACAAGAGCCCAGUUUCUAGCCAUUGACAGUGCAUUCAGUUCAGGUCUUGAGGUCUGUCAGACUCAGACUCAGGCUCUAAAUAAAACCCUCUUAGCUCUCUGAACUUGCCCACCUGCCUUGGUUCACACGUGCCCACCGGCCUCCAACUAACAUCCUUGCACAGAGCAAUUGCUUCAGGAAGCAUCUGAGGGGUGAGGGUGGUUGCACAGUCCAGACUUGUGGGCCUGCUGGGACUGGCCCCCGACUGAGACGGCAGUACAAGGGGCCCAUCUGCAAAUGGUCAUGGUAGAGAGAUGACACUAUCUCUCUCCAGAGCUUUCCUUAGCUGGUUCUGCAGGAGGCCCUGAAAUGCAGCUCCUGGAACCUGACUAGUAGACAGGCAGGUAUGCACUGCUGCCCCUGGCCCUGAGUUUCCUGCCCAGCCUGCAAUUUGCCAACUUGUCUGAGGCUGAGUGGCUGGUUCUGGUUCAAGGACUGUGAGCUGGAACAGGCCCAGGCCAGGGCCUUUCCCGGGACCAUGAGUCAGCACUUGGCUGUGCACAGAGCAACAGGCCAGCAGAGUGCAGGAUGGGAGCAGAGGCUCUUUAGAACGGCUGGGCUGGCAUCUGGAGGUGCCCAUAAGUACCCUCACAGCCUCUGAUGGCUGUAAGGUCUUUGCCCAGUAACAUCCUAUCACAUGUUACGGAGAGAUGACAAAGGACUGACAAUCACUCCACAAUGCUUAAGAAUUUAUAAACUUCAAGGACAGCAUGUUGAGCCUCUGCCCAGGAGUGGCUAAGCCAUUACAGGUGCUGGGGUGUGUGGCCUGGGGGCGGGGCAGAGGGAACUGGCAUUUGCCUUCCAAUUUGAUUGUGUAACAACACUUCAUUAAAAUAAAUCACACAGUGCAUCUUU